AAGUGUUAUGUUGUGCUCUUUCUCUGAACAAACUCGUUUUUGCAUUUCCCAGAUCUCUUUCUUUCAUUCAUAGCAACAGCAGCGGAAGAAGAAGAAGAAGAAGCUUCUAUACACUCAGAAAGAGAAGGUAUUCGAGAUGGGUUGCAGAAGCAGGGAAUUGUUCACAGAGGAUCACACUUCUUCUUCUUCUUCAUCUUGGGCAUCAUUUAACGAGGCCUUGCUCUUCGCCACCAUGUGCAUCAUUGGUCUCCCAGUUGAUGUUCACGUUAAGGAUGGUUCUGUGUAUUCUGGAAUCUUCCACACUGCUUCUGUUGACGCCGAUUAUGGUAUUGUUUUGAAGAAAGCAAGGAUGAUUAAGAAGGGAAAGGGAAACACCAAUGUGGGAAAGGAGGGCUUGGUAGAUACGCUAGUGAUUCUACCAGGUGAUCUUGUGCAAGUUGUUGCUAAGGGAGUAAUGCUUUCUGCAGAUGGCAUUGAUGGAAAUAUAACUGGUGAUGAUGAGGAAGCAGUUGUGCACAGUGUUUGUUGUUCCGAGAGUCUUUCAUGUGAGAUAGGGAAUCAUACAAGACCUUUGAUGGAUGCAGAACAGUUUAAUCAAUCAAGACAGGAUGGAGAAGACAAGUCAAAAGGGAAAGCUGAUGACUGCAGACAGAAAUCUGAGUUUGUUAACGGAAAAAUUGAUGAAAAGAUUCAAAGCCUCAAUUCAAGCCAUGAAAGUGAGUCAGUUGAUGCAUGUCUUGUCCAAGUGGAAGCUAUUGAGCAUGGAAGCACAGAUAUGACAUCAAGUCCUUCUAAUAAUGGGCUAUUCUGCAACAAUGUACCUGUGCCUGUUAAAGCCAACAGUCGGUGUAAUGAAAGGUCUACUUCAGCAGACUCUGCUUCUACAAAUUCCACCCAAGGUGUGGAUCUCAUCUCAGAGUCACAUAAUUUGCCAGCAAAAUCUGUUGAAAUAUCUGCUCCAAGGGGUACACAUUCUUCCAGAAAUGCUAAGGAAUUUAAGCUCAACCCAGCAGCCAAAAUCUUCUCUCCAUCUUUUGUAAAUCCUUCUUCAACAACUGCUGCAAACAUGGUUUACAUACCAAAUAGCUCACCUCCGGUACCUGUUACUACUGUUCAACCAGAAGUUGGAUUCAAUACUUUUGCUUCUCGACCUUCGGUGCCUGUUAAGGUUGCACAUUAUAGUAAUUUGACAGUGGGAAAUGGUGGCAGUGGUUCUCAAUUUUCACAACCUAUUGUUGGACCACUGGCACAUAGGGCACCUCCCGUACGGUAUGCUACACAUUACACUCCUGUUUUGUCUGAACAUGCUUAUUUGCAGCCAAGCUCUCCUGCCGUUGCGGUUGGACGCUCCGGGCAGUUGAUCUAUGUUCAUCCAGUUUCGCAUGAUUCGAGUACGGGGAAGACGAUUGGAGCGGGCAUUGAGUCACGAGGUCUCUACUAUCUGAUUGCACCACCUUCUCCAGUAGCCUGUUCUCUCACAGAGUCUCCUGAGCUAAUUCACAGCCGUCUGGGUCAUCCAAGCCUCUCCAAGCUUCGGCAUAUGGAUUUGAUUCACGGUACAACGGCUAUCUCAACAGUCUCAGCUCGCCCUAUGUUGAAUCAUGUACAAUUUCCAAAGCAGCAAGCAGGAGGAGGCACAGUUGGUCAAGCAAUGCCAGUUUGUGUGGCCCCACCUGUCCUAACAAGUGGGCAGCAACCCUUUGCACUUCAAAGCCACAUUCCACUUUUGCAACCUGGCUUUCCUGUAACAAGACCUGUUUCAGUCCCAGGACCAAAUGGUUUCUAUGGCACUAAGUUUUCGUGAAAACACGCUCAUUCAUACAGAUUCUAGUAAUCAAGAUAUGGAAUCAUUAUUCUAAAUUAAAUUGGAAUAUAAUGGAGAACACAAGGGACAUUGAUGGUUAGAUGAUGUUGUCAACAAAGGCAAAUGGAGGGCACUCACAGUGAUACGAGUAUGCUAGCAGCUAUAGUGAUAAAAAGUUGCUUGCUAAGGCUUAGAUCCAAUGCAAAUUGAUCUGAUUAUUGAUCCAAUAGAUGAUGAUGUCAUGGACCCAAAUGCUGAUGUCGUGAUUGAGAUAAUUGAAGAAAAGGUCAAAACAGACAAACCUUGGUGGAAAGAGAUGUAUGGUGAGGUCCACGCAGAAGAAAGGAAAGCUCUCGACUUGUCCAUUAGUAUCGACACUACUGAUGAUGUUUAGAAGUA